AUGAAGGAUGUCAAGGAACGACUCCCCACUAUAGGCAUGGCCUGCGCCUCCAGUUUUGCCUUCCUCAUGGCCAUUCUGGCUGGAACCAAUUGCAAUUUCAUUCAAGUCAAUGCCGUGGAUGGUGACGUUCUAGUACAAACAGACGGCGAUGAAUUGGAGAUUAGUCAAGCUGGUUUGGGAGUGGUCUGUCCGAGUGAUUUCUUUUCCACCGAAGAUGACUCGUUGUGGGGACUCAGCCAAAUUUUCUUUUACGUUAGCAUCGUGUUGGGAGCAGUCACAACCAUGGGAGCAAUUGCAGUAGCUUCCAAAAAGGUAGAACCCACAACCACCAUGUGGAGAAAUCUUUCCAUUGGAUCGGCAGUAACAGCCUUGUGUGCGAUUCCUGUCUUUCUCAUUUUCGAGGCCACUCCUUGUACGGAAUUUCAAUUUCAACAAACCUGCAUAUUUUCGACUGGAUCCCAUUUGCAAAUCAUCAGCACUCUAUGCUGGGUGGUAGGUGUCGCCAUUACACAGUGCUUGGAACCAAAACUGGUGGAUCAAGCCCAAAAGGAAGAAGGGGGUGAAAUUCCAUCCAAUCCGACCGAAUCCAUGCCCUCGGUGGACGAAGAACAGGGAUCCAGUCCUCGAAGCUCGCCACCCAUAGGAGACAUUCUUCCAGUCAAACAAGCAGAAGAAGAAGAAAAGAAGGAGGACAAGGCCGAAGAAUUUGAGAACUUUGCUGGUGCCUUUAAUGCAUUUUCCGAGUUGAAGGAGGAACGAAAAUCCCAAGAGCCGCCGCCGUCGUCGUCGUCACCCGAUAAAAACCUCAAGACGGUUGGUCGAAUCACGGUAACACCUCCCAACGAUAAGGAAAGCAAUGGAGCGGUUUCCAAUUAUCCAGCCUAUCAGGAAGAACCACUUCAACCACGAACUCCAUUCCAGUCCAAAAUGGCCGCGACGAAAUCAGUAUCCAAAAAGAAUCCAGAGAAGGACCAACCCCUCUCCGAUUUUGCCAACUUUGACGAUUUCGAUGACGCUCCUGCUCCACCGCCACCUUCCACGACGACCACCAAAGAAAAGUUGGGUUCCAUGAUGAAGAUCAGGCCCAUUGUUCCCGAAAUGAAGAUCGUUAAUCGUCUCAGCAAUUUCAAGAGCAGCUUGAACAAAAUCCAACGACCCAAUUUUGGAAAACGACCACAGGUUUAUGAUCAAAUGAUGGAGGAUGACAUGUCCCGAAGUAGUAGCAUGGGAUCGGUUUACAAUCCAGUGGCCGUGGCCAUGCGGGGAGACAACAUGUCGGUGCGAUCCUCGGUUCCAUCGGAAGAAUCCUCGGUUGUUAGUAAGACGAUGUCCCAAGUGGCGCAUGAAAAACUCUUGUUGGAAGACUGGGAUGCCCUCCAUGCGGCCACCAAUGCACAGCAACAACAGCAAUCGCCAUCACAAGAACCACAACAGCAGGAGCAACUGGUUCAGAGACAUAUCAAGUUAGAUCACGAACAGGAAAGUGGCGACGAUUGGAAGGCUCUUCAUUUGGCCAUGACUGCUGGUGUACGAAUGGGUCUCACUGAAGGAAUGAGUGGUACCGAAGAUCCCUACGAAAUGGCAUCGUAUCACAGUGAUCCGGAACCAGUCAUUUACAGCAGUGACGAAGAUGAAGAGGACGAUAUUAAUUUGAGUGGUAGACCAAGCAACAUUCCUUCCUCGAUCAUUCCAGAUGACAAUUCGACCAUUUCCAGUCAUUCGUCCACCUCGGUGGCGAAAAAGCACAGCAAGAGCCGUCGGUCCAUGCGAUCCAAACAUCGACAAAGAUCGGACUUGUCCGUGUCGUUGCUAUCGCUCACCAUCGACGAAGAGACUGUCCAAGAUAUCCUCGAAGAGGCUAGUGAGGAUGAGUUGCAAAAUCCGUAUUCCUUUGUGCGCACAAUAUCGGCACCAGAGCCUCGAAGAUCGACUGGAAUUGAAGUAUCGCUGUCGUCGUCUCUUACUCGAAGGCCUUUGGCAGGUGGUGGGGAUGCUGGGUCAGUCAAGACGGCUCGACCCACCGUACCAAAUCAUUUUGGCAAGAAGAAGCGAAAGGAUCCAUUGGAGCUUGGACUCGCAACACCAACCAAGAAGGACCCAUUAGAUUUGGGAAUGGCAGCAAGCGCCUACAGGGAUCCUCUCGAUCUUGGUAUGGCAGCAAGUCCCUACAGUCCCUACAACGACCCUCAUCUCGACAGAGACCCACUUGAAAUGGAAGACGAUGUCAACUCGGAUGACAAGACUGCUCCAAGGGAGAACGCUGUGGAACAUGGACAUCACCGUAGAGCCCAAAGCGAUCUAGGUCAGAGAGCCACGACUCCUCAGAAACCACCCAUGGUACGCCGAGAACAAAGUGCACAAGCUGCGCCAACCCCGCCAAGAAUGGAAGCGCCAACUGCACAAACUCCGCCGAGAACGGUAGCAUCGUCACCAAUGAUGGCUCGACGACUUCGAGCUAUGGCACGAGAGGACUCGAGCAGCUCCGAAUCGGAUGGUGGUAUUUACGACAAGAGAGAAAGAGCUCGUGCUCUUCGUAUUCGAAGAAUGAAGCAGCAGACUUUAAAUGCUUCCAAUUCUACCGACGAGACGGGUUUGAAUACAUCCUAUGCAUCCAAAUACAGCACUGGAAGCUCCUUGCCAUCACCCGCCAGGUCUUUGCCACAACCACCAAUCCAGAAGAAGAUUUCCCGCACCAUCUUCAAGGAAGAAAAGAAAGAAGACGACAGGUCCGAAUCCAGUGCCCGGGUCGUCACCCCCGAUUCCAAGGCUGAAAGUCAGACUUUUUCCUUCAAGAACGAUACCACAUUCGACGAAGACGAUCUCAAUGUGGAUGGUUCCAGCAUUGAAGUCGUCAUGGAGAAAGGCUCAGCCACCUCUAGUGGCAACUCAUCAGGUCGCAUUCCUUCGAUAGUCGUUCGAGACCCCGCGACAGGAUUGCAAACAACCAGUCUUUCCAAAGGGCUGCAACAGCAGCCCAUUGUUUCGCCGACAAUAGGAGGAGAUGAUAUCAGUAUUAUUACACCACACUAUGAUAUCAAGGAUUCUGAUUCGGACGAACAAGAUGACAUGCAUCUUGUAUAUGUCAAAGCAGGUGCCAACAAAGUCAAAGAAAGAAUUCUGAAAAGGUUCUCGUUUUCGGAAAAGUCACAGGCUUCAGCUUCGAAUGCAUCCUCGGAUAAUAGUCAGAAGUAUGGAAGUCACAUAGUGGACAAGCUGGACUUGCAACGAAUCGAAGUGAGUCGUCCACAAGGUGCAGAAUACGGAGAGGAAGAAAUGUCACUCUAG